UAGCCCUCAUCGUAAAUUAUUAUUUUAUCCUAGCUUUAAAUUCCUUUUUCUCUCUCCUCCUCCCUCUCUCGCCAUGGAUCUAUGAAUGAUUUAGAGGGCAUGGAAAUGAGAAAUGCGGCGUUUACAUUCAAUAUCGGAUUAUUUGAAUGAUGAUACUUCUAGCGUCAUGUUUUAGGAGCUUUAAUUGGUGUUAUUUGCACAAACAAAAGGCAGGUUGUUUUCUGAAAGGGUGCUGCUCAUCAUAACUUCAGCAGUGCACGUCAACCUAUUAUUUCUUAAAACGCGGUUGUAAAUCAAUUCCAGACUGUCCAAUUGGUUUUGCUUCUGAUAUCUUGGGUCUCCCUGAAAGAUGUCAGAAGAAGCUAGGCAUAUGAUAGAAGCUUAUGAUGAUCCCUCGGACCAAAGAUCACUAUCUUUGGAUGAGACAAGCAGCACUGAAGAAUCACCAGAGGACACAAGGCUAUCACUAGAAACCUCAAAUGAUGCAAUUCCAUACAUUGGCCAAAGGUUUGUUACUCAUGAUGCUGCUUAUGAGUUUUACAGUGAAUUUGCGAAGCGAUGUGGUUUCUCGAUUCGCCGCCAUCGAACUGAAGGAAAAGAUGGGGUCGGUAAGGGACUUACGAGACGGUAUUUUGUCUGCCACCGUGCUGGCAAUACACCGAUAAAAGCAUCAAACGAGAGUAAGCCACAGAGAAAUCGAAAGUCAUCACGUUGUGGAUGUCAAGCAUACCUGCGCAUCAGCAAAAGCAUGGACAUGGGAGUCUCGGAAUGGCGUGUUACAGGCUUUGCCAACCACCAUAACCAUGAACUCUUAGAACCGAAUCAAGUGCGCUUCCUUCCUGCCUAUCGCACCAUAUCAGAAACAGACCGAAAUCGCAUCUUCAUGUUUGCAAAAACCGGUAUUUCUGUGCAACAAAUGAUGAGAUUAAUGGAGCUAGAGAAGUGUGUGGAGCCGGGAUAUUUGCCGUUUACAGAGAAAGAUGUGAGAAACCUAUUGCAAUCAUUUAGGAAGGUGGAUCAGGACGAUGACAGCAUUGACCUUCUUAGAAUGUGCAAGAACAUCAAGGAUAAAGAUCCAAAUUUCAGAUACGAAUUUACGAUAGAUACAAAUAACAGGUUGGAAAAUAUUGCUUGGUCAUAUGCUUCAUCAAUCCAAGCAUAUGAAGUUUACGGCGAUGCAAUCGUUUUUGAUACUACACAUCGUUUGACUGCCUUUGAUAUGCCUUUAGGGAUCUGGGUGGGCAUGAACAAUUACGGCAUGCCUUGCUUUUUCGGUUGCGUGCUUCUACGGGAAGAAAAUACACGUUCUUUUUCGUGGGCAUUAAAGGCAUUUUUGAGCUUCAUGAAUGGAAAGGCGCCACAAACGAUCUUGACUGACCAGAACAUGUGUCUUAAAGAGGCGAUAGCCGUUGAUAUGCCAACUACAAAGCAUGCUCUCUGCAUUUGGUUGAUUGUGGCAAAGUUCCCAUCUUGGUUUAACGCAGUUCUUGGAGAGCGAUACAAUGAAUGGAAGGCGGAGUUCUAUAGGCUUUAUAAUUUGGAGACAAUAGAGGACUUUGAACUAGGAUGGAGGGAGAUGGUCAAUGCUUUUGGACUCCAUACGAAUAGACACAUUGGCAAUUUGUUUGCACUCCGGACUCUUUGGGCGUUACCAUACUUGCGAAGCCAUUUCUUUGCAGGAAUGACUACAACAGGCCAAUCAAAGUCAAUAAAUGCUUUCAUUCAACGGUUCUUGAGUGCGCAGACCCGACUAGCACAUUUUGUGGAGCAAGUGGCCGUUGCCGUUGAUUUUAAAGAUCAAGCAGGGGAACAGCAAACCAUGCAACAGAAUCUCCAGAACAUCUCUCUCAAAACAGGGGCCCCAAUGGAAUCACAUGCAGCUACUGUUCUUACACCUUACGCAUUCUCUAAGCUCCAGGAGGAGCUCGUCCUAGCUGCACACUACGCAUCGUUUCAGCUGGAAGAAGGCUGUUUCCUUGUGAGGCACCACACAAAGAUUGAUGGGGGACGGAAAGUGAUUUGGGUCCCACGAGAGGAGCUCCUUUCUUGCAGUUGUCAUCAUUUUGAGUUCUCAGGGAUCCUUUGUAGGCAUGCUUUACGUGUCCUAUCAACCGUCAACUGCUUCCAAAUUCCUGAUCAGUAUCUACUGAUCCGUUGGCGUCGUGUCAAUGCAUUGCCUACAAAGCUCAUCCAGACCACUCCGGGUGAACAUGCUGAACGGGUUCAAGCCUUGCAGUCUAUGGCAUCUACGUUGAUCACGGAAUCAGCCAAGUCAAAGGAACGAUUGGAUAUUGCAUCCGAGCAAUUAUCCAUCCUUUUGUCUCGCAUAAGAGAUCAUCCUAUUUCUGCACAAGGUAUUAGAGAGAUGGCCCACAAGAGUCAUUGAUCCUAGUAAAAAAGGAAGGUGUUGAUUUUGCUGACAAGGCUUCAUAUUGUUGUAACCAUGCUGAAGCUCUGUUCUAGUCAAUCAUGAAGGCCAGCGAAAGAUGGUUUUCAGUUUGUUAAGAGAGAUGACAGGGUAGUUGCCACCAAGAUGGUGGGACGCGAGCGGUUGUCCAAGAAAAUGAAAGAUUGGACCGGAUG